AUGGAAGAAGAUAUUUUACUCGCUUUAGAUUUUAGUACAGGUAACACGGAAGAAAGCCUAGAAGCGAUGUUAAAUGAGGUUAAGCAGGCGACAGUUAGAACUGCGGCAGGCAUUUCUGCCGCGAAAGCUGCUCGCAGGGAAGGCAGAGAAGCGAAGAGAAACAUAAAAAAACAACCACGUGGGAAUGCUAAGACCCACUUGGCAUCUGAAACAACUAGCAAAAGAGAUGCAGAUAACCUGGCAAAGAAAGAGAGCCCAAAGCUCCAGGACGUCGUCGUGAACAAGGGUGCUGUGGUCAAGGAGUCUCUUCAAGGAGCCAAAGCUCCUGAAGACGAUAAGACAGCCGCAGUGAGUGAAGAACAUACCGCAGAAACCAUUAAGGCCCAGCCUGAAGCAAUCGACGGCCCCAUUGCGAGCUCCACCAAUAUAGUGAUACCACAUCCUGUUGAUGUUGCCACUGAUAAAGCAGAAUCAGCCAAUGACAACGUGGGUGUGCCAGGCAAAUCUACGAAAGGUGCUAAACCUGUUACCGUAAGUGGAGGUUCGAAGGAUGCUGUUACUGUCAAAGGGAAUAACCCUGCGGCAUCUAAGAAGUCGCUACAAGAGGCGAAUCUGACCGAGACUACCCAUUUGAAUCUGUCCGAAGCUGCUAAGGAGAGCGACGACAAGGCCAGAGCUCAAUUCGGAAGUGAUGAGACAGGAGUGCUGGCAGAGGCGAAUAUCUCAGUAUCCAAUUUAUCUACUGAAGGAGCCGAGACUCAUGUUUUGGAAGGCACACCAAGUAUCCACAACAGGGAUGCUGCGCCAGAUCUUCCUUUGACAGAAUCGGGACCUAAGCGUGCUCCAGCAUUAACCACGGAUCCUGCUGUGCAGCCCCUCCACUCCAAAGGUGGUUCGAUUAGCGCAAGGGAGAUUGAGGGGGGACCGAUAACGGAAAGCUCGGGGGGUUCAACUCUUGAGAUCUCAAGAAGCACAGACACUGCGGCUCCUGCGCAGGAAACUCCGGGCUCACCACACGUCACAAUAGAAGAGGCUAUCAAGGAUAAGCCUUUGAAUAGCCAUGCUUCGGUAGAUGAUGGCGUGUUGGUGGGGAGUGAAUCGUGCAAGAAGACGGAAGCGUGUUCGGAUUUGGAACCACCUUCGGCAAAGGCAGACGCUAUCACUGGAGGUACCGACGCGCGCAAUAUUACUACUGAAACGGCCACAGAAGGCUCCGUACAUUCCAAAUCUCCGGUUCAGGGCACUGAUGCUUCUAAAUCGGUCUCAGCUACCAACCUAAAACAGGUUACUGGAUUAUCCGAUCGUUCGGUCGCCACGGAUUCACACGUAUCUCCUACGAUACGCAGUGAGCAGAAUACUACCAUGGAACCUUCUAUGAAGACCAUCGAAAAGGUCCCUACGGCGGAAUCUAAAGGUUCGCUCGAGAAGGUGGCUAGAAAUCAGACCGCGGUGCCCAAAUCGGCACCUGUAGCCUCGAGCGGCUCAGGGAGCGCGGAGGAUAAUACCACUGUAGCGAGUGCCAAGCCUAACCGAGAAAGCCGAGAAGCUGAUCCAGAGGACAAGACUGCAAGCUCUGGGUUGGGUACUCUACCGCCCAUUGAAGUCCCAGGUUUAGAAUCUGGGAAGUCGAACAAACCCAAUGCAACCGGCACCCCAGCCGCUGGGCCUGUGGCAGAUGGAGCGACCGUGGGGAAACCCUCGACACUAAUGCCCCCUCAGGCACUCAGUACAACUUUGCAAAAUGCCAGCGCGGACGGAAGCGCAGCUCUGGGAGAAAAAACUAACGCGGUCACUGACGUGACCGAGGAUGGAGCUCGAGAUGACGUUUUUCACCCUAAAGGAAAAAAGUCCGACGACGCUCCAAAAUCCGGUUUCAGCAGUAAUCCGUCUGCAGAGCCCAAUCAUGACGUUCUCGGUCAUAAAGAGACGCGCAACGAUCAAGGCGCGCGCGCGUGCAGUGGUCCAACUACAGAAGAACUUUCGUCGUGCAAACAGACUGAGUCCGCAUCCGCUGUUUCGGACAGCCCCAAGUUUCAGCAGAAGGGAACUGCGGACGCUGACGAAACUGGCAACUUACUACUUACUGAGAAGGUACCUGCGGUUAAAGGCCCCGAUGCCCUAGUGGGGCAGAAGUCCUCGAAAAACCAUCCUGCGAAGGAACCGGGAAUGAGCCAUGCACGUACGUCUAGCCCCACUGCAGGGGCAGCGUCGAAAACUUCUCCUCUAUCGCCGCGCCCCAAUAGCCCCAAGCUCUCGGCAGCCCAUCCCAACUCUGCAGAGCCUGCGGCUGCGCCUGCCGCCAAACAUGACAUCACCAAGGAAAUCGACGACUUCAUGCUGGAGCUCGGGCUCACAGACGACUCCGCUACCAAGCUGCUGGCCACGCUCGACGCCGAAUCCAGCCGCGACCUCAGGGGCAAGCCCGUCUACCUCUUGACCUCCCUCGCCGGCGGCGGCUUCCACAUGCCCUCCCGCACCAACCGCCUCGCCACCAUCCUCACUGCCAAUCAGAUCGACUUCCAGUACCGGGACUGUGGCAGCGACGACGCGGCCCGCACCCACUGGAAGCGGCAGGGCCGCGGCAGAUCGCUACCAGCCAUCAUGGUCGGCGACGCUGUCGUAGGCAACUGGCACGAGUUCGACGAGGCCAACGAAGAAUGGAAGGUCCGCCAGCUCUGCGGCCUCUGA